AUGGAAUCCUACCAUAGAUCUGCGCAAGCAAUCCUUGCUCCAGCGUUGUCACUUCUGAGCCUGGUAUUGUGUAUUCCACCGAUGAUAUGGCACGCAUCAAACCGCAACUGGGGUGCUGCUUUCCUCGUCGUCUAUGUCAUGUACGGCGACCUCGUCAACAUCCCCAAUGCUCUGAUCUGGCCUACGGAUGACGUCAACUCCUGGUGGGACGGCGCAGUCUACUGUGAUAUCCAAGUCAAACUCAGCCUUGCAACUGAAGUCGGUAUGCCGGGUGCUUUGCUGUGUAUAUUUCGCAGUCUUGCUCUUGUCAUGGACGUAAACAAGUCUGCUCUGAUCCCGACUCGAGGUGAAAGGUUGCGUAAUAAAGCUAUCGAUGUAUUCUUCUGCAUCGGGUUGCCGGUCCUUGCUAUGGCAGUACAUUUCAUCGUUCAAGGAACUCGAUACUACAUCUUUGCUGUCGCUGGUUGCAAUCCUACUAUGGACGAGAGCUGGCCCAGCUAUGUGUUUUUGGCGUGGCCUCUUAUCAUCUGCAUGGCUGCAGCUGGGUAUUGCAUUCUCAUCAUCGUCCGCCUUAUCAAAUACACUUCCGAAUUCUCCGCGAUACUGGGUGCAUCUCGAAGCAACCUAACCAAACAACGCUUCAUCCGUCUCUUCGGACUUUCCUUGCUCAUGAUCCUGUUUAUCUUGCCCCUGCAAGUAUACAUCUUUUAUACCAACAUCCAAACUCUAUCGCCCGCCCACCCUUACUCCUGGAAGGCAACACAUGGACUGAACCUUUCGCACAUCACAAAAGUGCCAACCAAUGGAAGACUGAAAUUCGAUCGUUGGCUUUCACCCGCUUUCAGUGUGCUCAUCUUUAUCUUUUUCGGAUUGGGACAAGAUGCGGCGAACAUGUACAACAACUUCUUUAAUGUUGUUGGUCUCAAGGGGUUCUCGAUGUCGUUCUCGAGCUGGAAGUCUACAUCUGUGUCUUCCUCAUCGUCCGGCGAGAACAACAAGGGUAAUAAUUGGUAUGACUCGUUGCGGUCAAAGAGUUCCUGUUGGUUGGGGUCGAGACGAGCGUAUGUAUCUGCAAUUGUUUGGGUGGUGUAUAUCGAACGUUACUGA